AUGAGUCAGAACCAGCAAAUUGACUCGACUUACGUUGUGAUCGGUGGUGGUAUAGCUGGUAUAAGUUGUGUUGAAGCUUUGAAAUUGUAUACAACAGAACCAGUGCUUUUAAUUUCAGAAUCGCCAAUUGUUAAAGUGGUCACUGAUAUAAAGUUUUACACCAAAAUUGCUGCGGGAUUCAAAGUCGAGGAUAGAAAUCUCCAAUGUAUUGAAAAUACAGAAUACAUAAUAGAUAAAAUUAUAGCAGUUAACUCAAUAGAGCACAUCAUUUAUACAGCAAAUCAUCGGGAAAUCAAGUAUAAAAAAUUGUGUUUGUGUACAGGCGCUACUCCAAAACUGUUAGAUGACAAAGAUUAUGUUAUUGGAUUACGUGAUACACAUUCUGUGGAGUAUUUUCAAUCAAUUGUCGGUACUGCUAAUAAAGUAUUGAUUGUUGGUAAUGGUGGUAUUGCAACAGAUUUGGUUUAUAAGUUAAAUGGUAUUGAAAUUAUUUGGGUCAUUAGGGAUGAACACAUUAGUUCACAUUUCCUGGAUGCUGGAUCGGCAGAAUUUUUUAGUAACUACCUCAACACUCAGCAAUCAAGUGACAAAGUGAUAAAAAGAUUUAGAUAUUCCGGAGAACGUACCUCUGGAGCUGCACUUGGUCCUGACUGGCACUGUGGCGCAAUGUUUGGAAACCAUGACGGUAAAAAUGUUAUUAUUGAGUAUAAGACUGAAAUCAAAAGUAUUUCUAAAAGCGAUUCAGUAAGAGUAGAAUUAACAAACGGCAAAGUGUAUGAAUGUGAUUUUGUAGUAUCUGCUACUGGAGUAACACCGAAUAGCAAUUUGGAUAUAAGAGACGGUUCUAGUGUCGACAUUGCUAGUGAUGGUGGUAUUAAAGUAGACUGGAAAAUGGAAACAAGUCUGUCAGAUAUUUUUGCAGCCGGUGAUGUAUGCACUGUAGAUUGGACAUCUGAACAUUGGUUUCAAAUGAGACUGUGGACUCAAGCAAGACAAAUGGGAAUGUAUGCAGCCAAGUGCAUGCAUUCUAAACACAUAAAUGAAACACUGUUGCAAGACUUUUGUUUUGAACUGUUUACACAUGUAACAUCAUUUUUCGGUUUCAAAGUUAUAUUAUUAGGCUUAUAUAAUGCACAAGGACUGGACAAGAAGGAAUGUGAGCUAUUGGUUCGUGUUACCAAUGGUCAAGAAUACAUAAAAUUAGUAUUACAAAACGGAAGAGUAGUUGGUGCAAUGCUUAUUGGAGAUACAGAUCUCGAAGAAAUGUGUGAGAAUUUAAUACUGAAUCAAAUUGAUGUAACUAAUUUAAUGGAUGAUUUGUUAGAUCCUAAUAUUGAUAUAGAAGAUUAUUUUGAUUGA